CACAUCUCUGGCUUUGUUUAUGUAAACUGCGUCAGUUGUCAAAAGCGUAGUAGGUGUUGUGUUGUGUGUAUGGAGAUACUGAGUUGGAUGCGUUAUCAUCGAAGAGCAUGUGAAGACGUUUAUUGUUGUUGUCACUGAAAGAAAAUUGCUCAGAAAAUGUCUCAUGUACAGUAUUUGGAUGAAUUAAUUAGAGAAUAUCUCGUGUUUAGAGGAUUCAGCAGCACAUUAAAAGCCUUUGACUCUGAUCUGAAGAUCGAAAAGGAUAAAGGUUUUCGGGUUGACAGAAUUGUUGAACAACUGGCACAGUACAUAUCUGCUUAUGACCUUCUCGCCUUACGCGAAUUAUGGCAGCACCUCGAUCAGAAAAUGUUUUCCAAACUGGAACAUCAUUUUUCGCCAGCUGUUAAAAAAAUGGAGAAUGCUGUACUGAAAUUGUACCUUGUGAAUGCUGUCACUAAUAACAAACCUGAGAAAGUUACGGACUUUUUCGCGAAAAUGACUCCUGAACUCAGUAGUCAGUCUGAGUGGAAAGAAUGGUUUAUGUUGCCAUUCAUUAAAUGUCCAGAGGAAAACCCCACCUUUGCUGUUCAUUUUACACGCCAGUGGCAGGAUACUCUCUUUGUAUCCUUACACAAUUUCCUUGCAAUGAUUUUUCAGUGUAUGCCCCUUCCUACACUUGCAAACUACGAAGAGGAUGCUGCUAGAAUGCGUCGUCUGCAGGAAGAAAAUGACAUGCUGAGACAUAAACUUGCACAGAUUGAUAACACAAAAGCCACCCCAUCAGAUGGGCCAUCACUGAUAGAAGGAGUACAGCCUACGGAACUCAUGGAUGAUUUUUACAUCAUUGCACAAGAAACACUGAACUCAGGAGAGAGCCAAAGUAAAACUCUUAAGAAUCUUAUUCGCAAUAUUGGAAGUGGUUUGCCUGCAAGUCCAAUUCUGAACAGAAAGAGUUCCCAGGCAGGUACUGUUUCUCGCAGGAUGAGCAGUUCACCAAGUGUGGAGGAACCACAGAAGCGUACUGUAAGUAAACAGCAGCAGCAGCAAGCUCAUCGACCUGGUGGUGGUAUGACACGAAGCACUGUGUCAGCUGGGAAGCUUGCUCCCACAGAUGCAAAGCGGCGAACAUCUUCAGAAUCUCCGUCAUCAUCAUCAGUUGAUCGAAGAAGUGCUCAGAAGUCGGUUCCAUUGGAUGAAGACAGUGACACUCCGCGUUUUCUGCUGCUGAUAAAGAGGGAAUAUGGGCAGCAUGCUGGAUCAGUGUGCCACUGCAAAUUCAACAGUUCUGGAACAGCACUAGCAACAGCAGACACUGAUGGUGUCAUAAAACUGUGGACAACCACUCCUGCACUGAAGACAGCAGCUACAUUUGUUACAAAAAAUUCUGUUCUUUCAUUGGACUGGGUAAUGAAGGAUGAACGCUUUGUAAUCUCUGGCCAUAAGGCAGGUCUAAUACGUUUGCAUGAUAACAGUAAGAUGGUGUGGGAAUUGAAUUCAGAAUCUGACAGCCUCUUACAAGAUUCAUGGGUGGUUGAUAUCCGAUGCAGUCCAACUGACUCAACAUUUGUAUGCUCAGUUGUUGGUGACCAAGGAAAUGGAUCUGGCAAGCUGCUACUUUAUGAUAUCAAAACACGGAAACUUGAGUCAUCGAUGUCUCUUCCAACUGAUGAUAUUGUAGCAAAUUAUGUAACCUUCAAUCAUAAUGGACAGCUUUUGAUUGCUGGUUGUAAUGAUGGAUCGGUGAGAAUAUAUGAUGUUCGCAGUAGUGACUGUAUAGAUGUAUGGCCGGCUCAUCAAGGUGCAAUUGAAUCUAUAGAAAUGACAGCAGAUUUCACUGCAUGUUAUACCAUGGGAAGAGAUGGAAAGCUUUCACAGCGGAGUCUUAAUCAAAGGGGUCAGGUUCUUUGGGAAGCUACAUUACCAGAAUUAUUCAAUAUGGAUGCUAUGACAAAACCACAUGGGCAGUUGUUCACAUGGGAUCCUUCUGGCACCUAUGUCUUACUGUGUGGAAAUGCAGGUGGUGUUAUAUGUCAACCAUCAGGAUGUACUUUGUCACCUGUGCAAGAACUGAAACGCUACAAGUCUCCUGGCCCUAAAAGUUAUGGUGUGUCUGGUCUUUCUAUAGAUUGGACUAUUGCUGAUCAACUGGCGACAGUAGUCACAGGUUUGAAUGAUGGAACCAUAUUUAUGUCAAUGCUUCUCACACCAUAAGAGCUCCAGUGAUAUGAAUGUGAUUAGCUACAUGUUUGGUGCUUCCGUGGCAACAUAAUUACUUAAUAAUGCUGCAAGUUUGGCAAUAAAAUUAUUAAUUAAUGUUAUGUUUGUACUAUUUGAGGCAGAAGUUUACACCAUGAUUAUGAAAAUAAUUAUGGUACUUUCUUAUGUACAUAUGUGUAUGAAUUCAAUAUUCAGAAAUUGUUUGCUAUGAUAAUUUAACAAUGUAGAACUGAUAACUUGGGCCACUUUAUUGCAGUAUGCGAGUACCAAGGGUAUCAAAAGUAACAUAUCAGGAAUGCAUUCUGUCUAACAAAUAACAUGGUUAGAAAUCAUAGAAGGCACAAUGCAUGAAGCUUUGCUCCAUUGGAUAUUGUGUUUCCUGUAUUCACUACAGCAUUAACUCAACCAUUAAGUCAGAUAUAAUGUAAUUUGGUUAUGUAAGUCUGUUCUUUACUUCGGUACAUAGUGCAAGCCAGUGACAAAUGGGAAAGUUUUCCGCUUUCCAGGUGAAUGAAAUGUAUUCAUUCACUUUUUAAAUGUGUAUUAGUGGUUAUAUUUAUAAAGCAGUGCUGCAGAAGAUAAAAGUCAAUGACUACAUGAAAUAAAAUGGUAUUUAUUGAGGCUUAUGUGAAAUGAUUUUCUAUGUAGAUACCCCAAAUUUAUACAAUCCUGUGACCUAUAUCUGUAUUCCUAACAGUCAAACAUAUGACUUCAAAAGGUACCAAGUUGUGAGCAUCACAACGUACAAACAUACCCGUUAUCGAAUUUCUAAGGUGAAUGUUGCUUAUUAUUUCCAUAUUAUUUUAAAUAAAUGCAUAACGUAUACAACAGUGUGUUGAUCUACAAUGAAACCAUUUCUGCAAGAGAGUAAGGUAGUAGGUACCUAAUAUUUCUGCUUAAGUCAGCUUUUAUAUGUAAUAUGAUGAGCAAAAUAAAUAGUAAAAUAAAUCGUGCAUGGUAUAUAGGAAAACAUGAACAGUGAAUAUCCACAUAAGUAAGAUGUUGAAUAUUGUCAUAAGCAUUAAAAUUUGUCUUCGUCUCCAGCAUAUGGACAGACAGAACUACAUUCCUCAAUGCUGUAGCCUGACUGGACUAUUAAAAGUAGCAUAGCUGCCUAUAUGCAUCAGUUUAAAUAUCCAAAAUGUUUGAAGUUAAAGAUUUGCUGUUGAAUGUUGUAGUUACAUGAGAGGUAA